UGAGAUUAGAAUGAGAAGUUUCUUUGUUUAAUGUCUUUCACUGAGCAGAGAAAAAACCGUUAUCAAAGAAUAUUGUGAAGAAUUUCUGCUUGCACUAACAUUAAAGCAGGUUGACAAAAGCAUUGUCUCUGAAUAGGAUUUUGCAUUUACCUGGGAAAUAAUUUUAGAAACCUUGAAGUAAUUACAAGGACACGCAGAGAUACUCAUAAACCUCAUCUUCUCCACAGCACCAAUUUACUACUCCCUUGACAAAUAUGAAGCAUACUAAACACACAAUACUAAAAUACACCAUCAAAAUUAAUUGUUUAGGAAGUCUACUACUUCAUUCCUCCAAAGCAGCAAUUAAAAAACAAUAGAAGGAUAAAUUAUACCCAAAACACUUCAAGCUGAAUAAAAACUCAAGCUCAGCAACAUGGGAAAGAUUAACUUAGAGAAAAUAGGCAACCAGACUGAAAUGAAUGAAUCCUGCAGUUUGUAAUAAUCACAGCUCCAAAGAUCCAACAGCCUUCUAGAUAAAUCACUUCAAAUUCCCUACCUGCCUUCUUCCCCUGCACUGCUCCUUCAAUCCCCUGAUCAUGUAGAGAGGACAAUCCUCCUCCUUACACAUUAAUGCUGUAGAUAAAAUGUUUAUUUUAUUUCUAACCACAACUCCAUUUCUUGAACUUCACCUGUUUGUCUCAACUAAGCACAUAUCCUGACCAGCUCUGGUUUUCAAAGGAAUUGGCCUGCAUCCCUUGCAUCUUUCACAGAUAUCCCAAUUUUUAAAAUGACACAAAUAUAAAUAAUAUUAUUUAAGAAACUUGUUUCAGUAACAGGGAAAUUUUAAAAUUAUAUUUUACUUCACCUCUCAGCUUCGUACAACCAAAAUCAUAACAAGGACUUUGGCUUUACAGGUGGAAGACUAUUAAUACAACCUCACAAGAACAGCAGUUGUGUUUGGAUAGCACCUAACCAGUACAGUCCUCAAAUGUGAGCUGGGAAACUCUGGGCAUCCCUCCAAAACCAACACACACUCACACACACACACACGUGUGUGCGCACACACAGAAACAAAUUAAAAUACUUGUGGUUGAAAGGUGACAUAUAAAAAAGUGAAUAAAAAGGUAUUAUACAUGACCUGAUAUACUACUAAAUCUCUCAAUUUUCUGUUCUGCUAGAAACAGUUUGCUAAAAAACAGAAAGGAUAAUCAGAAACAUCAGGUACUGGCAUUUAAUUGCUAUGCUACCUAAAGUGCAUAAGCUGUCCUGAAUCUGAAUUUACUAACCCACGUCCUAACAAGCCUUAAAAAUCCCAAACCCACUCAAUCUUCCACAGAAGGAAGUAAAUCAUACUUAUUAGCUAUAUUUAAGGAAAUUCCCUGUAAUAGGCACCUGCACUAUUAUGCAGGAUUUUAUAAACCACUGUAUUUGUAGACUUACCUCUGAAUGACUUGUACUGAUCUUUUCUUUUAGCUAAAUCAAAAACAAGUCUUCUGCAAAGAGCAGUUCUCUAAACCUAUUGGAUGCAUUUCUAUGAAAUGUAAAAUAAUUCUGAAAGCAUACAUGGGUAAUUCUCUUUCAAAUGUAACUGGCACUGCCAUUGUGAAGAAACCAGAAAGAUCAGUGGCAGUAAAUUGAAUGCACUCAAGUGCUGGCUGAGCAUGGACAAGACCAAUCCCAGAUCCUGUAUUUCUUGUAGAGUGUAAUCUCUGUGGCUUUUGCUACUUCUAACACCAGUCAGAUGUUAUCAAAUAUUCUGAUACCUACCCAAAACCAUCACACACAGAGUUUUAACGUUUUCCACAUGUAUUGGAGAAUUCAUGCCUUUAACAACUGGAACUGUUUCUUAUUAAGUGAACGUCAAGAAUUGAAUGCGACGUUCUGUCGAACAUUCUCCUAAACUACGAAUGCUUCAUUUUUCCUGUUGUAUCCAGCCAGGCUGUCCCUUUUAUUCCCAGCAACACAAAUUGAGUUUUAUCAGCCUGAAAGAAUCUUUCUUCUAAAUGAAGCCCAGCACUGUAAUAACUUGAAAGGCAUCUUUAGGCAGCAUAGUAAAAAUGUUUGAUUUGUAAUUGCCUGCUGAACUCUUGCACAGUCCGUUGCCAUAUGGUACCUCCCUUCUACUGGCAAACAAUCUUUCCUUGUUCCUAACUUCCCAGCCUCCCUACCCCCUCCUUUUCUGGAGGGUAUGGAUAGGAAAUCCGAAGGAGGAGUUUCUUCUGCUCUCCGAGUGCUCGCGGUGACAUCAUAGGUGGGCUGAACGGCUGAGCCGAGCGUGUGUUUGUUUAAAAAAACACUGUCCAAAAGUGAUGUAUAUGGAAUCUGGGUCAGCUGUAGCUGGUUAGAGCACUUCUGCAUGUGAGAAUUAAACACUGCAGUCUCAAAAAACCUCUCUCUCUCUCUCCUGGAAUAACGCAUACUGGAGCAUUACUUUUUUUCUUUUUUUUAAACUGAUUAGUUAGCUUGGUUAUCGUAUGGAGAAACCCAAUUCCUCAAUACAGCUUGGAUCUAACAGAGAAAGACAAAAGCAGUUUUCAGCUCCAGCUGCAGAUUAACACUCCACACCAUCGGGUAAUAUAGGAAGCAAAAGCAAUUUGGCCUCUGGAUUUUCCAUCUGCCACAGAAGCAAACCAGCUGGAAGACUUUAUUUCUUGGUAAGUUUUAAAGUUAUUCUUACUUACAAAUUUAAUUUUGAGCUAUUUCUGAAUGCUACAUGCAUCGCCCUCAACAUACAAUUGUGAAGAAACAAAUCCCUCUUAGCCUGAGAAACAUUUGACAACUAACAUUAAGACUCAUUUUUGUGGCAUUUGGUAGACUUUGGAAAGAAUUAAAAAAGGCACUGCAUAAGAGCACAGAGUAACUUGUUCCAGUUGUAGGGAUGAACAAGUUUCGGUUGCUUAGCUGUAUUGUUAUCUACAGUUACAGAAAAUUAGCACUACCAGAUUCUUUGCUAAGCAUGUAAUUUGGGUACUGUGAACAUACUCAUGUGAAAUUCUGAUCCUACCAGAAGGCAAAAGCCAAAAAUCCUAUCGAUUUCAGGGCAGCUGGACUUCGCCCAACACCAGAGCAUAGACCUAGCAUUACUAGAACUAGAAAAUGGAUACCUCAAUAAAACCACUGUGAAAAGUCCCAAGCAAAUCAAUGCACAUCUGUAAGUAGCAAUCAUUGUAUUUCGUUUCAAGUAUGUUUUUAUUUAUGGUACUUCUGAGGAGCUGAAGUUGCCUGAGUCCUAGAGCCAACCAAGAAACCAGAGUCACACACUGAUUCAGAACAUAAUUGAGUUUGUAGCACAGUCAAUUGUGCAGCUGAAAAUCCAAAGGCAUUGCUGCAACAGGCACCAAUACCUUCCUUAUUUGUACCUCAAUUGAACCGCAGUUUGUUUCUAAAUAAAGAUCCAUUUCAUAAACAUCAAAUGCAGUGUACCAAGCAACACUACAUUCUACAUUAAGUGGAAAACUGAGGGGUUUGUUACAGUUCACUAGUGGAAGCAAGGGAGAAGAAUGCUGCUGCUAAUCGAUGAUUAAAACAAGAAAGUUGUUUACAAACAGAAGACAAAAGUACAGAUGAAAACCAAAAAAUACUUGCUUAUACAUAGGAAAAGUGUAGAAAACUUUUUUCAUGCUGACUUGGAAAUUAAAAUACAGUAAAUAAUCCAGAACAAUGCAUAUGAACUUCAGUGAUGUAUUUGCAUUUACUAACUCAGAGCUGCCUGACAUAGUAAGAGAGAAUGAAGGGGCUGAUGCUAAAAGGAGAGACAAAGUGUUACAGAAGACAAACUAAAUUAAGAUUUAGUAGCUACCAGAGGAAAAAAGUCUGAAGCAGCCUUGAUAAACAAGAAAGAUGGAUCCUUUCCAAGCUCUUGAGCCCCUUUCCUUACUAUCCUUUUGUGCUGAUUUACAUAAGGAGGAGAAUAAUCUAAACAACAACACAACCCCCCUUUGAAGCACAUAAUGUGCUUUGGACACCAGGCUCCAUUCAUUCAUCAUCAGCCAAGGGCUUGAUUUACGCUGCUUAGAACAAUUCCUAAACCUUCCACAAAUGAAAACAGCUGAGUCAAUAAUUUUAAAGCAAUAAACUGGCUGUAUACAAGGUUUUAACUCUCUCUCCUUUGCUGCCUUCCAACUUUAGAGUUCAAAUUUCGAAAUGUUUGUUUAAAAACAAAUAAUGCAAUACUAAUAUUAUGCUGCUGCCAAAAGAAUGAUCUGAAGUACAGUGAAAAAAAAAUACAUUAUUUGAAGUUUUAAAAGAACUUACUAAAAAGAAUGGAAAUUCUGAACAUUUAAACUUUAGCAGUAACUACAUGGCUCUGUCGAGUUUUAAUUAUUGUUUUAUUGGGCUUUGUUUUUUGUAACAUGCCCGAUUGGUUUGGUCCUUAAAAUUUAUACACCAAUGAAUGAAGUACAAUUUCCUGCAGCAAGCAUAACUGGAUGCUUAAUAUCUUCAGUAUCUGUUCUAAGCAGAACUCUGGAGCCCCAAAAUCACACAUUUCCAACAAAAUGCACCACUGCAUUGUACCUGCCUGUUCAAACAAUGCAAACACACACAGUGGCUGCUAACAAACGCAAAGGAACCCUCAUGCUAAAAAAACUUCACCAAAAAAUCUGGAAAUGCCAUGGAAUUUUGCUGUGCCUUCAGAAUAUCUACUAUGACAAAAUUAACAAAUCUCUUCUGUGGAAAAUUUCUAAGUUGUUAUCAUUUUUAAAAGGGGCAUGUUUUCAAUGACAAUCUCAAAACCCCCUGAAGAUUUUUAGAUUGCCAUCAAUCUGAUUCCUUUUAGGAAAGGCAAUCUCUGAAGCAGAAUUCUGUGACUCAAUACAUCGCAUAUCUGAUGAAGAAAACCCAAGAACAUAUUAUUCCUGGAUCCCAGUCAAUACAAUUGAAAGUAAUCCUGUUAUUUCAGCACAGGCAGAGGGACUUGCAGGAAAAGCACUUGUUUAUAUAGGGAGAAGUAACUUAAAUACAGAGAUAUACUGAAAUCCAUGGCAGCAUUUCCCCUAUAGGGAGAGGGUUUUCCCCACCUUAGUAAUACUUCUAAUGCCAUGGACCCAGUUUUAAGCUAAAAAAAUCAACGAAAAUCCUCACUUAGCCUUUGCAGACAUAGGGGAACACAGCUGGGUUUAUUGAUUUCAGCUGCUAAGACAAAGCUCAACAGCAAAUGAAGUCUGUGUAACAUCAAUAACAGAGCUCCCUGAUUAGCUGGUAUCAUGGGCAGAGCAUCUUUAGUCUCAGGAUUGCAAUUUACUUUCUUAAAGAACCCAGUCUGUUUCUCUUCCUCUUACACAUAAGAGGGCACUGCUGGCAUUUAUCAUUUGAUCAUAUUCUCUUAAUAAAUGUUUGGAAUAAAGAUAAGUACUGAUACUGCAUUUUCCAUACAAAAGGAAUCCUAUAUUCCCAUUUAUCUGCAACAGCUUUGUUAUAUUCACCCAUAUCACCCAACACUGCCCAGGGAGAACGAGCCUUUGUCAGCCCUGGAAGAACAGAUUCCAAUUUGUGUUGUGGGUUUCCAAAUUUUACAUCCUGCCGAACAUGAGUCACAGCAGUACAACAAAGAACAAAUAGUUUGUUGUGCAGAAAGCUAAAAAAUGCCAAAUAUAUACCAGCUUCCCCACAUCCUGAUCCAUGCAACUCUGUACUUGAGAUUACAAUAUUUCUAGGGGGGGUAAAACAGUCUGUGUUAGAGCAGUUAAAAAUAGUAGUUACUGGCUCGUUUUACUCUUUUAAAUUGGAAUUUUGUACCUUUAAACACUUUUUAAAGUAAUAAAUCAAAAACUAAUUUUGAAAGCAACUUGGGGGUUUUUUUGCACUCUGGAAAAAGAAAGAAAUCAGAAGAAAUGGCAUUAAAUAUAAAACAGUAUUGAAGCCCUGUCUACAGCCCUGAGUGUUUCUGACAAGCUGAUGAAGAAGCUUGUGUUGCUGUGAAUAACUGCACAUUUUCUUCUGCAGAAGCUGUAAAACACCAGCAGGCCAGAACAUACAUAAUGAAACUUCUACAGAAAUCUGAGGCCCAAAACUGGGUGGCACAGAAACAUGACAGAACCAGCUGAAAUGACAGUUUGUUCUAAUCUAAAACCCAUGACACUCAAUAAAGAGUUAGAGAACGUAUUUCAAAGCAGUGGUAUCUAAUUACAAGAUACUUGCUGCAUUUCUGAGGUCUGCACCAGCAGCCCCACUCAGCAGAGGUGACUCCAAACCUGCAGGGAGGGUUGGAGACUGGUUCUGCCUGAGCUGAUCCCUGAGCCUCAGCUGUCUCCAAAGAGUUCUGCAACUACCUGAACACCUAAACUGGGAAUCCAGCACAAAACGUGUCAGAUCUAAAAACCCUAAAACUAUUUCCCAACUCUAAUUUUAAUUUGUCAUUUAGGUCUUACAUAUUAGGCUAUCAUUCUGGGAUACUUUGGAUAAACAGCUCCUAUUUUUUUAAGCUGCUUGCCCAGAACAUCAGGAAAUUUCUGAAACAGUAUUUUCAUUUCCUUCUAAGCUGAUUAAAACUCCAGGUAAAUAUCUUGCUCAGAACCUAUUAUUGUAUAACAAGUUAGGCAUUAAGCUGCUCAAACUUGACAAGCAAUAUUUUAAAACACUUAAUUUUUUCAACAUCAGCAUUUUAAUGGAAGCAUAUACAUUCCCUACCAGGUAGAUUCUCAGAAGGAACUCAUCCCAGCUUAUCUGAAUGUCUCAGUUUACUACAGGAUAUUUCUGAAUUUCAAAUUCUAGGGCAUAAUGUUAUGCAGCUGCUGGAUUUGGCUAUACUGUAUUAGACCCUUUAAUUCAUUUAAUGGUCUGACAGCACAUGUAUAGACACAGAGCUUGAAACUUUAAUACAUAAGGGUAAAAGUUCAAAAUGAACACAUUUAAUAUUAAAAGAAAUGUAGAAAGCAGACUGCAGCAGAAUACAUGGCUAGAAUGUGGACGGUGUUGCAAAGUGAUUUGUUUUGAAAGAUUAAUUUAAGUUCUAUGUAUUUCAGGGGGAGAAUGUGCUGCUGUGGGGAAAAAUCCCCAGCCAUUCAUUAUUUCAGGAACUCUGCAGGGUCUUUAAAAGUUCCCAAGAACUGAAAUGUUAUUCACUUUCUUGGACUAUGAAGUAUCUAUUACAGCCUGUGAAAACAGCAAAAUACUGGGCUUGCACUAUGGCUUCAUCCUCAACCAUAUGCCACGAAGUCUCUUUCCUUUAAUCUGCAAAUAAUAAAUUCAGAAGUAUCAAAAAAUGAAUUAGGAGAUGCAAAGAGGUUUUAAACUUCAGACAAUUAAUUCAGCUCAUCUUUGUCAAAUUAGAAACCAACCACACACAGACCAGUUUCCCAUGUGCUUCCCAUGAUGCAUGUGAACAUUUCACCUAAUGAACUACCAAAUCUGAGCACUGUCCAAGUGAUUAAUAUUUUAAAUGUCUGAAAUUACCAAAGAAAAACACACAACCAGCUCUGGAGAAAAUUGAUACUUUUUUCCUAACAUUUUCUUUUCUUUAAACAGAAGUUACAGUUUCAGCAGAGAAAUAUUAACAAAAUUAUUAAGUUUUGUUUUUUGAUAGUAGACACAAAAAUACCUAUUACUGCAAACUAAAAUAAGUAUUUUAGAAUAAACUCCUCAAACUUAAGUACUCCUUCCAUUUAUGCAGGGUAAGAAAGGAUUUUUAGUAUGUGUUAAAUGUGUUUUCUUCCCCUUCCAGAAGCAGGGCUUGCAGUACAACCAUCACACAAACAAAAAUUUACCAAACAUUUAAGCAGAAUUCCUAACUCUACUCCUGAGUGCAUGUACAUCUUGGUUUAAAGCUUGUAACCACUGCUCUUAGUGAAGCCAAAAAACCAAGACUUGACAGGUUUCCUGAGGCUGAGCAGACACCAUUUGUUACAAUAAUGUUAAAGCCAGUUACAGAACUGGGAAAAGGGACCUGACCCAAAAGUCACCUUAUCUAAUGUGAGUGUGCAGAGCUCUGCUUCUCCUUUGGGAUCACUGUGUCAGGAUUACCAAAUGCACUUCAAUUUGGACUCAGCAGGAACAGAGGAUAAUUAACUUUGCCUGCUCUUACUGUAUUACUCUUUGUAAUUAUCCAAAGGCCACUGUAGAAAGGCUAUCCAAAGGCUGGCAAACGGAGGCUGGAAAGGAAAGCCAGAUCAACAGCUGAGAUAAGAAGAGUUAUCUGCUUCACAAAGCAAACAAACCAUAAAAAAUGAAGGGUUUUUUUCUUUAUUCAAGUGCUACCUUUGUUUAUCAUCUCAAAUAUUUAAAGCUAAAAAACAGCUCUCAAAAAACAUUCCCAGAUCUUUAUCAUUGCACUUUAUCUCUUUAGAGUUAAAAGAAACUCCUAGUUUUCUUUAAAAGAGGAAUGAAACACUUUGGUAUGGUAUUUAUAAUGACAACAUACCUGAUACUUCAGCGUUAUUUGGAUAAAGAUGUUCUCAAAGAUAAAAAAGUAGUGUGACAACAAUUCUAAAUGUUCAUCUAAAGGCAACUAAAUAGGGACACAUAUGCAGAGCAAACAGUGUUCUAAGUUUUCCUUACAAAUUCAAAGUCACUUGAAUAAGUAAUUUUUAAUGUUUGCAACAAUAUCUUAAUCUCCUGCCUAACACUCAUGUCCAAAAAUAGUCUUAAAGAUGGGUUUUUCAAUUCUACUAAAACUGUGUAUAUAUAAACUUGAAAAAUGGGUGUAUAUAUGAAUCAGGAUGUAUAUAGUAUUUAACAAAUUACACAUAUAUAUAUUUGUAUUUAAAGCUAAAGGAGGAGCAGAAAAGCUUAUGUAAUCCAAAUUCCAACAUUUAUAUAAAUAAUUUCAUCUCCCUCCUUCCCUUCCAGGAAGGUAUUUUGCAAGCACUCCAUGCUCCACAACCUCCUCGUGCAGGUAAUUGCAGUGAGCACAGAUCUGAGCAAUAUGAUAAGGGAGCGCAACACAGGAUCUAAGAACAACGUUUCUGAAAACUUACCCAUUGCAACAAUCCUUUGCUAAAUCCUGUACCUAAAUGACAGUGUUCCCUGCUCAAAACAGCCAGACAAUCUAAUGGAAUCUAACUCCAAGGAAGAGAUGCCAAAGGCUUGGAUACAUACACGCAAACAUGGCAAACCCAUCAGUUUAGGUAGUUUAAAAGUCCAGGAGCUUUAGUUAUGCCUCUGAUUUAAUCUUUAUCUUUCAACUUUAUCUUUUAUCUUUAUAUUUUAUCUUUAAACUUUAUCUUCUAUCUGUUCAACAGGCUCCUGACCGUGGUCACACCUGCUUUACAAUGAAGAUACUGAAGUGGACUUUGGGUGUCCUGCUGUUCCUGCUGCUGUCUAUCGGGCGCUGCACGGAACAAUCCACGCCCAGUAAGACGCCCCAGCAGAGGCAGCCUCGCUCAGCAGAUGGGGGAGAGGAAGGGAAGAAAUGUGGUUACACCUUCCUGGUCCCAGAACAAAAAAUCACAGGGCCAAUCUGCGUGAACACGAACGGCCCGGGCACCGGGAACAGGAAAGAUGAAGUCACCAGGAUGGACAUCGAGAACCUGAAGGAUGUGCUGUCCAAGCAGAAGCGGGAGAUCGACAUUUUGCAGCUGGUGGUGGAUGUGGACGGAAACAUCGUGAACGAAGUCAAAUUACUGAGGAAAGAAAGUCGGAACAUGAACUCUCGUGUGACCCAACUGUACAUGCAACUCCUGCACGAGAUCAUUCGCAAGCGCGACAACUCGCUGGAGCUUUCCCAGCUGGAAAACAAAGUCCUUAAUGUUACGACAGAAAUGCUGAAGAUGGCAACAAAAUACAAGGAGCUGGAAGUAAAAUACGCGGCGCUAACCGACCUGGUAAACAACCAGUCUGUGACUAUCUCGCAGCUGGAGGAGCAGUGCCUGAGGAUCUUCUCGCGCCAGGACCCCCACGGGUCCCCGCCCCUGGUGCAGGUGGUGCCCCAGCACAUCCCCAACAGCCAGCCCUACACUCCUGUCCUGCUGGGAGGCAACGAGAUCCAGCGAGACCCGGGCUACCCCCGGGACAGAGACGUGCGGCCACCGCCCGACCCCGCCACUUCUCCCACAAAGAGCCCUUUCAGAGUGCCACCUCUGGCUCUGAUCAACGAGGGUCCAUUCAAAGACUGCCAACAAGCCAGGGAAGCUGGGCAUGCCAACAGUGGGAUUUACAUGAUCAAACCCAAAAACAGCAACGAGCCAAUGCAACUCUGGUGUGAGAACAGCCUGGACCCUGGAGGAUGGGCAGUUAUCCAGAAGAGGACAGAUGGAUCUGUCAACUUUUUCAGGAAUUGGGACAGUUACAAGAAAGGAUUUGGGAACAUUGACGGAGAGUACUGGCUGGGACUGGAAAACAUCUACAUGCUCACCAACCAGGAUAAUUACAGACUCUUGAUUGAGCUGGAGGACUGGAGCAACAAGAAGGUGUACGCAGAGUACAGCAGCUUCCGCCUGGAGCCCGAGAGCGAAUUCUACCGCCUGCGCCUGGGCACGUACCAGGGCAACGCCGGAGACUCCAUGAUAUGGCACAAUGGAAAGCAAUUCACAACACUGGACAGGGACAGGGACAUGUAUUCAGGAAACUGUGCUCACUUCCACAAGGGCGGCUGGUGGUACAAUGCCUGUGCCCACUCCAACCUCAACGGGGUCUGGUACCGAGGGGGCCACUACAGGAGCAAGUACCAGGAUGGAAUCUUUUGGGCUGAGUACCGGGGAGGCUCCUACUCCUUGAAAGCAGUUCAGAUGAUGAUCAGACCUAUAGACUGAGGAGGAAAAUCCCACAGUGCUCCCAUAUAAAAUUCUCAGUGUUUGAGCUCCAGAAAAAAUAAAAUAUUUCUUUUUAAAUCAUUAUUUUGCACAAUCUGCCCCUGCAAAAAGCAGGUCUACAGUUUUCCUGUCUUCUUUCCCCUGUCAUGUUCCCCUCUCCUUUAUUAGUUCCCUUCUCUACUGUGACAGACAGUGUUUUUUUUUAAACACACAUUCACAAAAGCAGAUGUUUGUGCUUGCAAAGCAUAUUUAUCUUUUUUUUGAAGAUCAACAUGCUUGAUGUAAACAGUCAAAACUGGUAAAAAAUUCCAGGUCUUUGACAAGAUAUAAGCUUUUCCAGUUGAAAAAGCUUAUGCUUUUUCAGGUUAGCUCAACCCUUAAAUGUAAAUAUGUGAAAUGACAUUGUCUUGCUUUAAUGUGAAAAUUGAUUAGUUAUUUAACAAUUUAUUUAAAAAUGUUGGUAUUGCUUUCAAUGAAAAUUAUGACUUCACAUUACUGUUUGAUAUUUACUCCAAGAACCUACAGAAAUAAUUGGAGACAUUUUAGCUUUGCCAGCCGAGAAAGAUUUUUGCAACAAAUAAUUAUUUCAAAAUGAAGAGGCAAAUUUAACACAAAAUACAAAAUUAUACAAAAUUUCUUAGGGAAUUCUCUACACUGCUAAGAUCUGCAAGUCCUACCUUCUGUAAAAAUUUAGGCAAAAUGUUCCUUGCGUAAGAAAAUUAAUUGUAUGAAAAUUUUGAUAAACCUGAGACAAUCAAAUUACUUGGUACUUUUUUAACUUUCAACCUCCAUAUUCAAGCAUUCUAAUCAAACUUUCAACUUAAAUGGCAAAACUGAAAGUCCUGGUAUUAAAAUCAUGACUUGACACUUCCCUGCUCCAAUUGAGAGUGAUGAGGGCUGACCAAACACACACAGCCAUCAAGAUAAGUCUCUGAAUAUUAGAAGUUUUCCUCCAACAGAGUUUUCUGCUUCCACAGUAAAACAAAGCUUAGAAAUCAGCUCUGAGUGUGUUCUCCCUGACAUCCCAAACUUGGGCUGCUCUUACGACACACACAUUUCCCUUUCCUUACACUUACAUGCCUUUUGACACUGUUCACACUAAAAUUUAGCUUCUAGAUAUCAGAUUUCCACUGGAAUCAAUAUGGAAUUAAAGAAAUUAAAUAGAAAAUACUUUCCCAACAUUUAACAAAAGCUAUAUCACACACUGAUUCAAAAUAAGUCAUUUCCAAAAUCAGACACAACCAAACAUUUGCUUUAGGUCCCAGAAUCUUUCUUCCUGUUAUAUAAAACUGUUUUAUAACUGCACUUACAGCCACACAGGUUGCCUAAUUUAAUUUUAUAUAAUGUAAAACUGAAUAUGCUGUUCUGAGCUGUAACCAAUGUGUUUGUUUAGCAACCCAUAGGUGCCUUCAGGAUUUUAAAGAACUUUGUCCCUAUUUAAAAUUAGAAACCGUAAUAGCUAAAAGAAUAAUCUAGUAUUAUUGUUAUGUUAAAUUAGUCAAUAUCAAUUACUAUGCAAAGCCUCAUAUGUAAUUCAGAGGAGAAAAACCAGCAUUUUGCUUUCAGAACACACCCUCUGGAGCAGAGAUAAAGCUUCAUUGAUAAUGUAUGGCUGCAAGGCUUGUAGUUAAAUCUUUGGUCAGAGAUCAAAGCCAACCAGUUCCACCAAUAUUUAAUUGGGGUUGGCAGCGGUGGGGAAUCAGUCCCAGCAUAUUCCAUCCCUAAAUUCCAAGAAUUUUAACUGACACAAAUGUUCAUGAUUACAAUUCUGAAAUUGUUCUUCAUGUAAGGAAUAUUUGUUUGUUACAAAUAUCAUACAGACCUCAUUGAUUGAGUGUCCUGCAAAACAUUUUUUAAUUGCAAAUGCUUAAAAUUCUGACUCUCUAUAGCCUGUCCUUUUUUCUCUAUGAUAGCUGCAUAGAAAAGCACUUCAGGUAAACUUAAAAAAAGAAAAAUGCCAUCCAUAACAUUCCUUUAAUGAUCAUUUCUGACAGCUUUUAGUUCAUUCAACAGGCAGAUUUCCUCUCCUAGGCAGAGAGUGUAUUUUAACCCAUGAAUCUCUUGCCUGCUACAAAAACAGUGUUUGUUUAUUCAGUGCACUCAGUGAAAGGUGUACUUUGCAGAAACCCCAAAGUAAAAUUAGCUUGCACUCAGCCUUUUAAUUAAAUCUUAUAUAUUAGACGUCUAAAAAGUGAGCCUUCCCCAAUUUAAAGCUACAGGAUGAUAUUAAUUAAACAUUACUACAAAAUCCACCCAGAAACCUCAGACUGUACAAAUGCUGUGCUCUGAAAGAGUUAAUUUAAGUUGCCAAUUUAAGAUUAUGAGGAAGGAAAGCACAGCAUGUCUUCUUCAGUUUGGUUCAUACUCUGUAUAAUAAUUCACUUUCAAGUGCUUGUAACUCUAUCAGUUUGUAGCUUUUGGGCUGAAUUUUCUAAGCAGGGUGAAUGACUUUAAAAGUUCAAUGUUUUCUCUCACACCUUUUCUUUUGAAAGAUUGUCAAAAGAGCCUGUAGCAUCCCUCAGGCUUCUUGCCCUGGGCAUUCAGAAGCAGUCUGUCUGGGAAGGAUAAAGCCUUCACCAUUCCUCUACCAUCAGUCCAAAUUUAACCAGGCAGACCUCAAGGAAAUUCAACUUGUACGAAACCUGAAACACGGUUUUCACAUCUAUUUCCAAAAUCUAUUGCAAACACUAUCACUGAAGCAGCUGAAUAUUCCUCAGAUGAAUCCUUAAUAACCUGUUUUCAGCUUUUCUCUUUCUGGAUAUCACUCUUCAAAGACACCUGUAAGAAAAAUAUCUCACAAGGUAGUACUGCUUAGUUAAAUAAAAAUCUUACUUCUCAAGAUAUGGCUCAGUUGUUUCAUUGUGCAAUCUCAAAUGGAUCAGAACUCUGGAAUGAGGCUCCCUUGGAGAACAGGGUUUUACUCCAAGGUGAAAUAUAACAUCACAUACACAGCUCCCAUGUGCUCUGGCUGCUUCACUUGUCUGGCUGAUGCAACACUGAUGACAUAUCCCACCCUGUGUACCAAGGGCCUGCUGCUGAAUGUAUUUAUUGGUGUUGCACAGCUUUUCACACUCACAUUUAAGUAGGUGAAUCCACACUGAUGAUGUGCUGCUCUCACCUGCAUUUCCAGAAUUCUGGAAUCACAUCACAAUCAUUGCUGCAAGGAGCUGAGAAACAUUUUUAUUUCCUCCCCAGCUAAAUUUGGAAGCACAUAAUUAUCUUGUCCACAGAGGGUGAGCUGUGGAAAUAAGACAGCAAUCUGUACUUCUGUGGCUCCACUCCUAUUGGCAAAACCUACACCAAGAAAGCAUUUCAGCUUUUUCUUAUAAUGUCAAGAUGGCCAUAAGAAAAAAAAAAUCUAUAUCCACAUCUGGUAUUUGGCUGCAUAAGGGUGAAACAUUCAUCCUUGAAAUUGCAGCUGAAAUGCCUUCAAUAUGCUCACUUUCCCUGUGACCUUCCCAACAGAGGAAUCCAUGACCAGUGUUUCUCUAGAGGGGAUUUGCAAUUGCAAAUUUGAUUGUAUGGCAAGCCUGAUGCCCUACAUUCUUCCAAAGAGCAUUUUGAAGGAGUGUGGCAGCUGUUGGCUCUCCCCACAAGGAGGGAAGAAGCCCCUACUCCUCCUUUUAUCAUGAGAGGGAAUGGCCUCCUGAGGAAUCCCUGCCCUGCACAUGCCACGAUCACCAUUUCCAUCUGCAGACUUCUAGGGAGGCUUUCCUACAUGUUUUAAAGCAGGAACAGCACUACUCCCUUACAGAAUCUUAGAGCAGAAGUUUUCCUUUUAGGAAUUGUAACCUGUAACUGAUAAGCUUAAAACUGUAAGUUAAACAAGCAAUUUAAGUCACUUCUGUCUCAAAUGACUCUUAUCAGUAAAAAUGCCUUGGGAAGAAAAUGGAAGACAUAACAAAUCUACCCAGGUCUUAGCAGAGAUUAAAGCUUUUAUCAAAUGAGAAAACUUGGACUCAGCUAUCAAUCCUCCGAAGUGGAUCGAGAUUUAUCACGACUGUUCAAGGCAAUGUUUUUCUUUUUGCCACUUUUUUAAACCACACAAAAUUAAUUUUAUAGGGAGCUCAUCAGUGGGAAUUCACUAUUCCUUUGGAGAACUAAAAAAGGCUUGGGGACAUUCCUUAUGUCACUAAUAAGAACUGGUAUCACAUGAAACCAGGUCACAACACGUACUUUAACUACAGCAGGUCAGGUACAGCAGGUGAAAAGCAUUUCUUUCUAAAUAGAAAAGAAUUAUAUAUUUUAAUUCAAACUAUCAAGUCAAGCCCAAAGGUUAUUCUAAUGCAAAAGUUAGACAAGAAGCUGCUACUUAUUGAGGAAAACAUCUGUAACUGAAUAUAACUUAAAAACUGUUUCCCAAUAUUUGGCUUGGGAUUUUCACAACCAGCAAGAAAACAAUUUGAUGCUGGCUUCAUGUUUCAAAAAUCAUGGCACACAGGUAAAAAGCAUCAGCAUAAGAAGCAUUUCAGAACUAUAUAUCAAGUCUCUAUAUUGUCCAUGUACAUAAGAUGGGAAAGCUCCAUGGUUCAUCACAUUGCAUAAUGCUUGGUUUCCUUUUUGUGCCUUAGUGUUUGUGCCAAACACUACAGGGCAUUAAUACCUGGCUGCCCACAGUGAAGUAUUUUUUUCUGUUUCUGUAGCAAGCAUGUAAAACUCAACCAAUUAAUCCUGGAAAUGUUAAUAGCCCAGCAGAGUAAAGGAAGUAACAAAAUUCAGGAACAGAAAUUGCAGUUUAAUAAGCCUUAAUAACCACAAGAGCUCAUCCUGAAUUCAGGUAUAAGAGCAACUUAUUAUCUGCAAAAAUAGACAGAAUUGGAUACAUAGUGCCUUAAUUUUGUGUGAUUACCAACAUCUCAUGAAACAAAAGCUGCAUUAAAAACAGCACACAUCAUUUUAAUGUCCAUUUAGUUUAAGUAGCACUAAAUUAGCUUGACAACACAACCAACACAUAUUAAAUGUAUUUAUCUAGUUUAUAGAUACAUAGAAACAUAAUUUACUAAUAAUUAUUCCAGAAGGCUGAGUCAGUUGUAACAGCUUAGUUUCUCUUGUCACAUUGGUGUAUAUUAAAUGCAGCAGCAUCUCCACAUUUUACCAUGUUCCAAACUCUAAGAUCUAUAUUUAUUUCUCACUGAGGCUUGUGAUUUACAGCUUCUCAUAAAUUAAAAACCAUCAUUACUAGAACAGUCAAGUAUUUAGUAUUUAGGAGGGCUAGCAGGCAUAACAAUGGAAGCACUUCUCCAGGAGUCAUUGUAUCUGUAAAACACAUGGCAAAAUAGUUUCCUAGAAAACUGACACUGGAUGUAAAACCUACAGUGUUUGUGAGCUUUAAGAGGUAUUUUCUUUUUGAGGCUCUGUCCUGCCACAUACAGAGUGCUCAGAAUCACCUUGGGUUGUAGAUUCUCCACUGAGGUACUCAGAGUUUCCUGAAUGCUUAAAAGAUGUUGUUUAGCUUGUGUAAUUACUGG